UGCCUCCAGGCCUUCUCCCGCCUCCCUCCCAGCUGAGCCGGGCAUCUGGGCCAACACCAGUUCAUUCUGGGCCCAGGGGCCAGAUGCGGCCAGGAGGCCCAGGGUCCCUGAGCCGUGGUGCUUGGCAAGGCCAUAGGACAUGGGGCAUGUGUGAUCGGAGGCUGAUCGCAGGGUGCAGUCUGCCAGCUGCAUCAGGCCCGGAGAGCAGUCAGGGGCUGGGGAGGGUCACCUCCUGAAGAGGGCUGAGGGCUUGGUGCCAGCCUGCCCAUCUGGGGCCUUUCCCUGGAAGGCCGCAGGUUACCAUGAUGAGCGUUGCCCUGGGCCUACGCUGGGGAGUGCUCCUGCUCCCCCUCUUGGUGUUGGGGGUCCCUACUCAAGAGCCCCGCUCCAGGGAGGCAGUGGCCUCAGGUCCCACAAGGCGCUGCCGCCAAUGCUGUGACUCUGAGCACCUGGAGCCAGCCAACACCGCAGCCACGUCCCUUCCCUACGUGCUGCCCGAGGUCAGGCCCUACAUCAAUAUCACCAUCCUGAAGGGUGACAAAGGGGACCGAGGCCUGCUGGGUGCUCCCGGGAAGCUCGGCAGGGAGGGUCCCCGGGGGGAGAGGGGUCUGCAAGGCAGCAAGGGCGCCAAGGGCCAGGCUGGCAGCCCUGGGGCCCCGUGCCGGCGGCGCUUCUCGGCCUUCUCCGUUGGCCGCAAGACGGCGCUGCACAGCAGCGAGGGCUUCCAGCCGCUGCUCUUCGACACAGUCUUCGUGAACCCCGACGGCCACUUUGACCUGAAGGCCAGCCACUUUGCCGCCCCGCUGGGGGGCCUCUACUUCUUCAGCCUCAAUGUGCACAGCUGGAACUUCAAGGAGACCUACCUGCACGUGGUGCACAACGAGGCGGCUGCGGUCAUCCUGUACGCGCAGCCCAGCGACCGCAGCAUCAUGCAGAGCCAGAGCGUGAUGCUGGCGCUGGCGGCGGGGGACCGCGUCUGGGUGCGCCUCUUCAAGCGUGAGCGUGAGAACGCCAUCUACAGCGAUGACGUGGACACCUACAUCACCUUCAGUGGCCACCUCAUCAAGCCCGAUGAUGAUGACUAGGUGGCCAAGCUGGUGCUGGGGGACGGGCUGGUCCCAUCCCCCCCCACGCUGAGCCUCAGUUUACCCCCUGUAGUGGGGGACCCCUCUCCCCCCACCAGGGACCUGGCAUUCUGGGUAGCUCCCCUCUUUCCUCCACCCCACCCCCAACCUUCUGUUUCUACCUCUGUCUUCUUGUGGAUAUGUUUUCAUUCCUAAUAUUCUAGACCUUUCCAUGGAGAAUAGUCUAGACUUCCCCCAUCACUUAGGCCAGUGGUUCUCAAACUUGAAUGUGCUCGUGACUCCCCUGGGCAUCCUUGUUCAGAUGGAGAUUCUGAUUUGGUGGUGGUGGAGUAGCUCUGGGAUUCUGUCCGUCUACUGAAUUCCCAGCUGGUGCUAAUGCGACUGGUCUCUCGACCCCACUGGAAGAACCAGGUGCUAGAACUUCUAUGACUUUCUAGUCUUUUCUGAAUGUGCUGGGCUCCGCCAAAUGUUCUAGAAGCCUCCCAGCUUCCUUAGAUUCCUUCAUCCCCCAGGACCACCCAAACUUCUAUCAUCUUACCUCUUCCUUUUCUCUCUCCCUCUCAUGUGUGUCCCAACCUUUGCAGCCAGAUUUCACUUUUUCGUUAAUCAAACACUGAGCACUUAAUCUGUGCCGGGAAAAGCUGAAUCGGCAGACACAGAGCCUUCCCAUUAGCCCUCCCAGGCCAGCUGGGGUAGGGACUGGGACUCUGAAGCCAGACACAGAGAAAGGCAUGGGACUCUAUUGACAGUCUGCAUGCUGGCUUGGGUGGCACUGCCCACCCCGUCUUGUUCCUCACGCCUGUCAGGGUGUGUCUGGGACUCAUUGUACCCCACUCCCUGUCCCCAUCAGACACUGUGGUCUGUCCCAAGGUGCUCUUGGACCCUCCUUGGUCCCUCUUGCCAAAGUGGUCUCUGCCCCCCCCCUCCCCCGCAGGCUCUGUUAAGGUGCUGAGGCCCUGGUGGGGGUAGGGGAAGUCUUUAGUUGUCAGUACGGCUCUUCUGGCCUGGUGCUCUUUUUCCAAAUGCUUUCCAGUGCCCUGGGGACAGAGGACACCAAGAAUGGCAUCCCUCAGCCAGUGUAGGGGACAAAAGCAGGCAACAGGCCAGUCGAGGGAGUCUCCUCUGAGCCGUGAAGCCAAGAGCACUGGGAGGCCUGUGGGAGGAAGAGUGUCAGCCACUGUGUGCCUACCUUGGCCAUGGGUGGGAUAGAGUGAGUGGAUGGGCCUGGCCUUCCCCCAGAAGCUGGGCCUCCACUCCUUAGUGCUUCUGCAGAUGCCGUGGUCUCUGGUGCUAUCUCCUAGCCACCGAGCAGUGACUGUAUGGUCUCUUGAGGGCAGCAGGGCCUGACCAACAGCCCGAUGACUGUUCUCUGUCCUGCCCCAUGUCCCCUGCCCCAUGAUUAAAGGUUGCUAUGUGUU